ACGCACGAUCCCGCAUGGGGACUGCGCCCGCCAGCGCGGCGGGGCUCAGGUGAGCUCUGUGCUCACGGCCUGGCUCCCCGGCGCAGCGCGGGGCCGCUCAAGUGCACACUCACGAAAGACGGCGCCCAGAGCAGCGGGUAAGAGCGAGACGAGGACGCGAGACGGUGGAGAACAGAGAGGAAGGCUGCACAGCGUGGUCCCACUGUCCUGAUUGCCACCAUCCUCACCCAGCCCACGCCGACACGUUGCCAGAGCCAGACUGCUGCUGUCAUCCUGGCGUAUUCAAAUGCCUCCAUUACUCAUCAAGAACAAAGUAGGACUAUCUAGUAAAUGAAAAACCACCACAUGGCACCGUCCCCUGCCUGUUAUUUAUGCCUGCUUCCUUUUCCACUUUUCAAAGGCUACCGUCCAUGUCUGCAGCAAAUCAUAAAUCCCGCAGCUCGGGCGAGGCUGCUGGCAUCAGGGGAGGAAGCAGACACUGGGGCUGCAAACGCCGGGCAGCGCUGGAGCCCAAACGAGAGCGAAGGUAAACAAACAUCGCCGGCUGCUCAGAUGGCUCGGGAAGGAGAGCGGGCAGGUCUCCGAGUGGAAGACGGGCAGGUCCUGCUCCGGGCAGCAGGCACAAGUCUCAGCUCCCCCAGUGAGUCCCCAGACGGGCCGUCCCGCCAGCCAGCACCACCCUGCACAGCACUGACAAGCACAAAAACUGCUGAACCUGAACUUUGGAACGAGCCUUCACACUCGCACUGGGCGGAGAGCAGCAGCGACAGAAGCGACAAUCUAGGUUCUCCCUGCAGCCCACCACUGGAAUCUUUCCUGCUGCACGUUCAGACACAUUAUGAGGACAAGCUGGAAGGAAGUACUGAGCCCAACAAGCCUGUGCUUUUGGCCUGUGUUCCAGCAGGAAGCCGGGUACGCUGGGAAUUGUGGCAGCUCCGGCUGACGUAAGGACCCAGCACAGCCCCGCUGCUGCUACCAGAUGAAAAGGACAACCAGCAAGACCCAGCAACAGAGCUCUGUUUGCUGGGAGCUGCCCAGU